UAAUAGUUAAAAACACAUUACGUGGCCUUACCAAGAAAAGGGAUAAUGUUUAAAAUGAAGUGACCUACUUAAACUGGUAAAGAUGGCUUUACCAAGAAAAGAGAUAAUGUUUAAAAUGAAGUGAUCUACUUAAACUGGUAGAGAUGAGAUAACUUCUAUUGCAUAAAGUUUAUGUUGUAUUUUUGAUAACUACAUGACUGUAUACAACUGUAUCUUCGGGACAUAAGUGAACUUUUUACUUUGUAGAUUCAAAAAUGGCAAACAGAAAUAUUCCAAAUUUAGAAGAAGUCAAUUUGGAUAACUUUGACGAUAAUCUAUCCCCAGCACGGAAACAGGAAUCGGUUGGCAGACAAUUCUCUGAAGUGUCAUCAUUAGAAUACGAUUUCAGAAGGGCCAAUCUUGCUGAAUUUAGUGAUGAAAGUGAUUUUCCCCUCGGUAUAUUUAUACAUGAAUCUUCUCCAGAGAUUCGUAGUGUUGCUGCAUCUGAUCACUCAAAAGCAUCAGCUUCUGUUGCAAUUCGACAAAGUUCAUUUAGGGAAACCGAUUCACACGGAACCCCCUUUUCCUGUAGUUUUGGGUCGAGUCCUGAAAAGAAGAUAUCCCACAGUUCUGCAGUGAGUUAUAGAGUAACUGUGUUUAAUUUGAGAUGUAAAGCAGGAAUGAUUGUAAAAGGUAAAGUCCACACGCUGGAUGUACAGCAUCAUCUGAUUAAGCAGAGGAUUGCAAGCAGUUACAAUGCCCCAGAACAAAGUUUGAUUUUAAAAACAUUAGGUGGGGAUGAGCGGGAUUUAACAGAAGACAUUCUGGUUUCGAUAUUAGACGAAUUAUGUCAAGAUUUUAUCGCAUUAUAUAUAUGUUACGAAGACCAUGACACCAAUCAACGUUUUUACACGUGUAUUAACAUUUCCUGUGGGGCAACAACACAAGAUCUUAUCAACGCAUACAUAGAGGCCUGGCCACAUCAUAAUAUAGCACCCAAAUCAUUCUGGCCAUUCCAUAAACGACGAAAACUUAUUUCCUCUGCUCUCUUGUGCGAGCAAAAGGUUGAAGCUGGUAGUUUAAUUUUACUCCAGAUAACUGAACCGAAAAUUAUUAAGUGCCUUUACCGUGCAUCAUUUACCUCUGAACACUUAUACAUCAUUAACUGUUUAACGACCGAUUCUGUUGACGAGCUCAAAGGCAAGAUCCGUAAAACCAUCAUUGAUUCAUCAAAAGAUAAACAAUUGGUGAAGCUUAUAGCUUCAUCUUAUAUGUGGUUAACACUUGGGAUUCAUAUAUAUCAAGAUGACGAGUGCAUUCAAUCACCAGUAUUAAAUGAUACAGCUAGCAGCGUAUGGUCUCAUCUUGGAACCUACUACGAUGUUGUAGCCCAUUUUCAACCUCAAGAUGCUAUCCCCAUAAAUGUGAAAUAUACUGACAUUGAAGGACAUUCAUCCUGCGAUAAAAUUGUAAUUAAAAAAUGUAUAGCAUCGGUAGAUUUCCGACAACAAAUAUCCAGUUUAUUACAUUGUGCUCCCAACGCCCUGAAAAUAACUGUAAAUAAGAAAAGGUUACCAGAACGUCGAAGUCUCCAAUCUUGUUGUGAGUUGAGGGCUGACUGCACCAUAGAGGCAGUUAGCCGACAUCCUAUCAUUGUUAAUGUAAAGUUUGGAAAAGAGACACACCAAAUAUCGAUUUUCAAGUUAGACACAGUGCUGAUGCUGAAACAAAAAUUGGCUACCCAAAUUGGUAAAAGAAAUAUGCAAAUUAAAUUAAGUUCUGGUGGAAAAGAGUUAGAUGAUUAUCAGCUUAUCGAACAGGCUCAUAUCAAAGAUGACUCCGAGGUCUUAGCAGAUAUUUACGAAGAUCGAAUCAUCAUAAACAUGCGAAAGCGGGGCUCUAAAACUCACUAUUUCGUCCUAGAUGACAUUAAAAAUGUUCGCGUUCGCGAUUUGAAAUUAUUUUAUAAGAAUGUUGUAAAUCUUAGCCCUAGAGUUGAUAUCGAAUUCUAUAGCACCACCUUACCCAAAAUAUAUGAUGACAAUGAUUGUCUUUGUGACAUUGAAAAUAUGAGCAGUGAACAAAUCAACAUCCUAUAUGCCCUUGAGAAACAUGUUGAUUCCAGAGCAACGUCUUCAAAAAGAAUAUAUCGGUGUCGCGAGUCGGGCGAUGUGGAAAUUAAGAGAGGUGUAGUUGUCCACAAUAAGAUUUAUUACGCUCCAGAUAACGACAACGAAAAUGACGAUGAAAACCCAGAAGAAGACUGUCCAGAUGACAUGGGAUCUCUUCUUCAUCGGCUAUGUUACAAUGGUAUUCGACAGGCGUACCAACACGAAAUUGACACCAUGUUAAACAGAAUCAGCGAGGAUAUUAGUGUGGAAAUAUCUUGCCCAUUUCCAAGUACCAGUCAAGCCUUAGUUCCAUAUACAUUCCAGGAGCAUGGUGAUGCUACUGAACCAUGUGUUACUAGAAGUGAUCCUAGACCACACCCAUGGUUGGUAACCGACGAAGAUCUCGACCGAUUGGUUAAGCAGCUACCAGGGAAUGAGUGGCAACCUUUCAUGCGCGAACUCGUCCCACAUGAAAUUAUAACAAAAUACAGUAAUAGUAAUACUAUCAGUGAACAAAUGUUUAAUUGUCUUAAAGUUUGGAAAAAUCGAGAGGGUGUUAAGGCAAAAAAAUCUACUCUCCAAACAGCGUUGAUUAAACAUGAUUUGAGACUAACAUCUGACACAGUGUUCGGGGAGUUGGACAACGGGAAUAUGAAUGUUUAAAGAAAUUAAUUAAGACGUUUUCAUUGGAGAAAAAUCACAAUAGCCACGCGAAGUGUCUCAAAUCAAUCACAAUUUCGAAACUGAAGUAAUGUGUUUGUUUUUGUUUCUAUAUAAUUAAAAAGUGAAAAUCGGACCAAGAAAUUGCUAGCUAAUGCCAAGAACAGUUUGCUUUAAUGUUCCGGGAUAACCAUCGCCUGUAUAAAUAGUCAACCAAUCCAGUGGUGUUUACUCAAAAUUAUAACGACGAUAGGGUCGAUAUGUAAUUCUAACCAGUUCGUACCCAAGGACGUACCAGUUCGUCCAAUUCUUUUUAUAAGGCACAAUGUCAACAUCGACAACAUUUUAUUUGAUACAAGAAGUUUUAAAUCAGUAAAUUUCUAGAAUGCAAGGACAAAAUAUAUUGCUUAAAUAUCCAUA